GGCGGCAUUGUUCGCCCUCAUCGAGAGCAAGCAGAUCUCAGCGCGAGACCGGCGGCGACCGCCGUUUGUUGUCUUCGCUUCGCUGCGCUGCGCUGCGCUGCGCUGCGGUUGUCGUGCUCUUCCUCGUGACUUGGUUGGGUGCGGCUGCCAUAUCCAAUCUUUCUUUGUCGUCCGUCGCAAGUGCGGUAGGCAGCCAUGGGAAAGGAGAAGUCACAUAUCAACAUCGUGGUCAUCGGCCAUGUCGACUCCGGCAAGUCGACGACCACGGGCCAUCUCAUCUACAAGUUGGGUGGCAUUGACAAGCGUGUGAUCGAGAGGUUCGAGAAGGAGGCGGCUGAGAUGAACAAGCGGUCCUUCAAGUACGCUUGGGUGUUGGACAAGCUGAAGGCGGAGCGCGAGCGUGGAAUCACCAUCGACAUCGCUUUGUGGAAGUUCGAGACGACGAAGUACUACGUGACUGUCAUCGAUGCGCCCGGCCAUCGCGACUUCAUCAAGAACAUGAUCACGGGCACUUCGCAGGCGGACUGCGCUGUGCUGGUGAUUGACUCGACGACGGGAGGUUUCGAGGCGGGUAUCUCGAAGGAUGGGCAGACCCGUGAGCAUGCCCUGCUGGCGUUCACGCUGGGCGUGAAGCAGAUGAUCUGCGCGUGCAACAAGAUGGAUGCCACGACGCCCAAGUACUCGGAGAACAGGUACAACGAAAUCAAGAAGGAGGUGUCGACCUACCUGAAGAGGGUCGGGUACAACCCUGACAAAAUCCCGUUCGUGCCSAUCUCCGGGUUCGAGGGCGACAACAUGAUCGAGAGGUCUUCGAACAUGGCGUGGUACAAGGGCCCGAUCCUCCUGGAGGCUCUCGAUCUGAUYUCGGAGCCGAAGAGGCCGUCCGACAAGCCUCUGCGUCUGCCUCUCCAGGACGUGUACAAGAUUGGCGGUAUUGGAACGGUGCCCGUGGGAAGGGUGGAGACGGGCGUCAUCAAGCCUGGCAUGGUGGUGACGUUUGCGCCCUCUGGKCUGACCACUGAAGUGAAGUCGGUGGAGAUGCACCACGAGGCAAUGACCGAGGCGCUCCCUGGGGACAACGUGGGGUUCAACGUGAAGAACGUGAGCGUGAAGGAGUUGAAGAGAGGCUUCGUGGCCUCGGACUCGAAGAACGACCCCGCGAAGGAGGCGGCGAGCUUCACGUCCCAGGUGAUCAUCAUGAACCACCCUGGGCAGAUCGGUAACGGGUAUGCGCCGGUGCUGGAUUGCCACACGUGCCACAUCGCGGUGAAGUUUGCAGAGCUGGUGGUGAAGAUCGACCGGCGAACGGGCAAGGAGCUCGAGAAGGAGCCUAAGUUCCUGAAGAACGGAGACGCUGGUUUCGUGAAGAUGGUUCCAACGAAGCCGAUGUGUGUUGAGACCUUCGCCCAGUAUCCCCCUCUGGGUCGUUUCGCCGUGCGUGACAUGAGGCAGACGGUGGCCGUCGGCGUGAUCAAGGCCGUGGAGAAGAAGGAGAAGGAAGGCAAGGUGACGAAGGCCGCAAUGAAGAAGGGAGGGAAGUGAGCUGGGAGCUUAUCCUUUCAUGUGGAAUCGGUGCGGGAUUCCGACCUGCUUUUACUGUUGGAGGGAUCCCGUUGUCCGAGCGACGAAAUUACGUAUGGUUUUCUUAGUCACGCAGAGUCGGUUCCAGCAGCUGGUGGUGGUUUCGCCGGCGGUUUGGCAGUUGGAGAGUUGGUAAACGCGGUAGUAUUCUGUCGGACGUUCAGUUUUUCUCCUGUUUUCCGACGGGGAGUGGGAUUGGGUGACGACAAUGUUUCUAUGAAGAAAAAACGGUUGUUGGGCUGAGGGAGUGGUCGUAUUGGUGUCUUUCGGGUGACGCUAGGUCAAGGGAAGACAUUUGUCGAGCGAUUCUCUCUUCAUCAUUCUCAUCUUGGAGUUCCGUGCGGUAUUCGUUCGGUCAAUAUGAUGAUCGGACGCUACAGCUCGAUCGCGACAGACCUGGGUACUCGAUAGGCGAUUGCGUGGGUAGUGAAUUGGGGAGAUUUCUCAGCUUUUUUUCUUCUUCGAGAUUUACUAAUUCUUUUGCGGAUUGCCGAGUAACCUGUUGAGUUGAUUCCUUGCCAAGUAAACGUUUUGGUUAGAUCGUUAGGGUUUCGAACGAAAAUGCGGUUGUGGUCUCUUUCUUUUUUGCUGAGUUUCUAUGGCGGAGGGAAACGAUUUUUUGGUUCUGAAUCGAUGGUGAUUGGUUGGCCCUGCCUUAAUGGCAGUCUAAUUUGGGUAAUGGGUUCGCGGCUUACACUGGCGUGAGGAAACUAUCGGCACAACGCUCAACAAUCCUUCUCUCUCGCUCGUUAUUGUAUGUAAGGCAUGCCGUCACCCUGUUGACAUUCCCCGAUCUUUAUCUCUGUGUGUAAAGGUCUUCCGACAGUGGCAGUGCCCUUGCCCCCGCCCUUAUUACAACAUAUUGAAUUUAAAAGAACCCCUCGACGCUCCCCUUCUCUGCCCUGACAUCGUCCUGAUCCCUGGUGUUAAUUUCCCCUCUUGCGCAUACGGCGCUAAUGGCCGGUUUUAAUUCUCUCCCUUUUGUACGUAAUUGUAUCCUGCAAUGCCCCAUUGUGCUGUCCCCUGCUGCAGGCCCCCUCUUUUGCAUGUGGAAGUACUUCUGGUGACCGUGACACCUCCCUCUCCCAGCCCUGGUUUUGGAUAUCCCUCGACAUUCCCUCCGUCGCUAGUGUAGAGCAUUUUGCACACUUCAUGAAUGAUGUGAAACUAAUCCUCCCCUCCUUGGUCCCUAUCUCCUUUGUACACGGUGCAUCUUGUGACCCCUUUUGACCUACUGCUUCUACGGCCUCCCUUGCUUGUGCGGAUCAUCUGUGACCCUGCGUGGCUGCCGUAUAUUGUACUCCCUCAUUGUUCCCCUGCCUGGAAUUGUUUUAUGAUGUUUCGCAACCCUCCUUAAUGCGCCGCACCUGUCCGUGGAAAGAAUCUUCAAGCCAUGGUUGACCUUCGCCUGUCUUGUGUAAAGCUACCAGUCUUGACGGUUCUCCUUCCUCCUUUCUGCAAUGGGUGGAUUUGGGAUGGAUUCGUUGGGUCGGGAGUCGUCUACGUGUGCCAGACAGAAUCUGCCAGAGUAGGUGGCCGAACAUGUUUGGCGGGAAGUCACUAGUAGUCGUCCAUGGUUUGGCGGGAAGCUUCCUACGGCAAACUUCCCGCCAAACCGCCGUCUUAACCCGAAUUGAGCUCCCAGUCGUUAUAGCCGUAUUCCGUACAAUUCAGUCUUGGUACGGCGAUGAUGGCCGGGCGUUGUAUGCGGGUGAAGGCGGUAGUAGCAUUUCCGCACUCGGAAAUCCUGUUCGGUGGAGGAGCAAGUUACUCAUGGGUGAUGUAGACGGUAAACAGGUCUGUGGAACUGUGAAGAAGCGUUCUCUGCAUCCGUCUAUUAUGCGUAAAUUGGAAGUUUUCUGUGUCCCGAAAUU